AUGAAAGGCAUUAAAUGCUUUGGUAAGAAAGGAAAACUUAGCCAGAGGUUCAUCAAACCUUUUGAGAUCCUUGAGAGGAUAAUGCAAGUAGCAUACAGGUUGGCUAUGCCCUCAGCACUGGCAACUAUACAUGAUGUGUUCCAUGUUUCGAUGCUUCAGAAUUAUGUCUCAGACCCGUUCCAUAUUCUGAGUUAUGAAGCAUUGGAACUUCAGCCAGAUUUUUCAUACAAGGAACAACCGGUGCACGUACUUGAUAGGAGAGAAAAAGUCUUGAGAAACAAGACAAUUGUACUGAUCAAAGUGUUGUAA